UAAAUUUUCAGAAUGGCCUCAAAGCUCAAACCUUUCACCAAUCUCCGUCGCUACAAACCAUCUCCACUCAACCAGAACCGAUCACUAUCCUCAAACCCCACUUCCCAAUCGAACUACAGGAAGCAAACCUCACUCGCGAACCUCCUCCAACGUCACGGUUUCCCUCCCUCAUCUCUCCGACACUUCCUCUCACGAAACACCUUCCUCUCAAACUCAGAUCUAUCCGAAACCGAAGCUUCUCUCUCCAUCUUACUAUCCCUCAAACUCCCUCAGAAACAACUCGUCUCCUUGAUCAACGACUGCCCCAACGUCCUCCGACCAAACUUCCUUAGAAAAUGGAAACUUCCUCUCUCGGGGACCAUCUCCUCUUCAGCAAUCAAAACCGUCCUCGAACACUCGAGUAGAUUCGGAAUCAACCCAGAUAAGUUUCACGAAUGCACUAACGUCCUUAAAGGUUUAGGCUUUUGCGAUAGUACUGUAAGUAAAGUUCUUGAAGCCUUCCCUAACGUUCUUGCACUGAACGAGGUUGAAAUCCACAGAAAGGUUGAGUUUUUGAUUGGAAUCGAUGUUCCUAACGUUGAGAGGUUCUUUCACGUUUUCCCCGAGAUCUUAGGGAUUAGUAUUGACUCUAAGCUUAAGCCGUUACUCGAUGAGUUUAUAAGGAUCGGGUUUAGUAAAGAGGAGAUCAAGAAAGAGAUUUUCAGAGAGCCGAGGGUUCUUGGUUUAGAGUUGGGAGAGCUUUCAAGAUGUUUGGAGUUGAUCAAGUCGUUGAAAUGCCGUGAAGUGAUUAAAGAUGAGAUUCUUAAAGAAGGAUUGUUUCGUGCAGGGUUUGAAGUGAAGGUUAGAGUUGAUUGUUUAUGCAGACACGGGUUGAUUCGGAGAGAGGCCUUCAAGGUUGUGUGGAAAGAGCCGAGGGUGGUUUUGUACGAGGUGGAUGAGGUAGAGAAGAAGGUUGAGUUUGAGUGAACUGUUGCAGGAACCUAUUCCAGUUACGCAACUUGUAAGGGAAACAGCUACUGUGAUGCAAGAGUUCAGUUCACUCAAUCAGGGUAAAUACAUUUGGAGAUCUAUAUGGUUACUUCCUCCUAUACUACUCUCAACAGGGUUAAGAAGAAUGCUAAAGCAAAACAUGGCUGGGUACUAUGACAAGGGUCCACAGUUGUAUCAGACAUUUCUUGAGAAGAGGUACACUGAAGACAUGGAACUUGAUGACGCCAUUCACACUGCGAUAUUGACAUUGAAGGAAGGUUUCGAGGGAGAAAUCUCAAGCAAAAACAUUGAGAUUGGCGAAAUUGGUGCUGACAAAGUGUUUAGGUAACGUCUUCAAACUAAUAGAAAUCAAAAGAAUCUAUGCUAUCUGCCAUCAAAGAGGCUGUUGUUAUGUGUAGGGUGCUAACUCCGGUUACUUUGCUGAAGUCGAGUAAACUUUCAGUUGGCCGUGCAACAAACCAGGAUUUGAAUCCCAAAUACUAUCUUUUGUUUCUUCUUGCUGGUUGCACAAACUUGUUGGUUAGAUUAUUGCUUCUGUAAAACGUUUGGAGCUUGUUAAGACUCGGAGACCAAUUUGGAUUAUGUCUUCUUUUUCAUGAAAUGUCUCUCCCACAAUCAGAGAGAUUACUUGGGCCAAAAUGAGAAAAGAGAAGUAAAAUCAGCUAAUCUGAGCCAUUUUUGGUUUACAUGAAUGAGAGAUAGUUCUUCAGCAACUUAGAUGUAAAGUUUAUUUUUUUGGAUUAUGUCUUCUUUUGUCAGCAAGUCUUGU